UCCAAAGUUGAACCAUUCACCUCUCCUUUUUGUCAUCUUCAAAUCAAAUCAAAACCAAACACCAUUCCUUCCUUCCUUCCAUUCUUCACAACAAAAGAAAGAAAGAAAAGAUCACAAAUCCACACCUUCAAUUUCUUUCCUCCUUUAUUCUUUCUUCCCCUUUUCUCUCCUCAUUCAAUCCAACGGUCAACCACCCUCCACCCUUUGAAUGGAAUCAUCAACAAAAAGAACAUUCCACGGUUAAUCCCUCAGAUUCUCUCGUUUGUUUGAUUGCUUCCGAAAGAGAAAGAAAAAUGAGGUUCGCAAAGUCACAGGUAUGGCAACCCUGCAAGAAGAAGAGGCUCUAAUACCUAAUAUAUAUUCAGAUUGCUUUAGAGAGAGAAAGUAAAGGGAAUCGGAGAAGUUAGAGAGAGAAAGAAGAUGUCGUCACGUUCCGGCAACGGCGGAAGCAGGACCCGGGUGGGGAAGUACGAGCUGGGUCGGACUCUGGGUGAGGGCAAUUUCGCUAAGGUCAAGUUUGCCAGGCACGUGGGCACCGGGGAUCACGUGGCCAUCAAGAUUCUCGACAAGGAAAAAGUUCUCAAGCAUAAGAUGAUUGGCCAGAUAAAACGAGAAAUAUCAACAAUGAAACUGAUUAGGCACCCAAAUGUCAUACGCAUGCAUGAGGUGAUGGCUAGCAAGACAAAGAUCUAUAUUGUAUUGGAAUUUGUGACUGGUGGGGAGCUAUUUGAUAAAAUUGCACGCAAUGGGAGGUUGAAAGAAGAUGAAGCAAGAAAAUACUUUCAACAGCUUAUAUGUGCUGUGGAUUACUGUCAUAGUAGAGGUGUUUUCCACAGAGACCUAAAGCCUGAGAAUUUAUUGCUGGAUGCUAAUGGAACGCUUAAAGUAUCAGAUUUUGGAUUGAGUGCAUUGCCUCAACAAGUUCGGGAAGAUGGGCUACUUCACACAACAUGCGGUACGCCAAAUUAUGUAGCUCCAGAGGUGAUCCACAACAAAGGCUAUGAUGGAGCAAAGGCAGAUCUCUGGUCAUGCGGUGUUAUUCUCUUUGUUUUAAUGGCUGGCUAUCUGCCCUUCGAAGAAAACAAUCUUAUGGCUUUAUAUAAAAAGAUUUUCAAGGCUGAGUUCACGUGUCCCCCAUGGUUCUCUUCAAGUGCAAAGAAACUAAUCAAAAGAAUACUGGAUCCCAGUCCUGCUACAAGGAUUACAAUUGCUGAGGUCAUUGAGAAUGAGUGGUUCAAAAAGGGAUAUAAGCCUCCGGUAUUUGAACAGGCUAAUGUUAGUCUUGAUGAUGUAAAUUCAAUUUUCAGUGAAUCCAUGGAUUCACAAAAUCUUGUUGUUGAGAGGCGUGAAGAGGGGCAUGCGGCACCUGUGACCAUGAAUGCAUUUGAGCUAAUAUCUAAAUCUCAAGGCCUCAACCUUAGUAGUCUUUUCGAGAAGCAAAUGGGACUUGUUAAAAGGGAAACAAGAUUCACUUCCAAAUGUUCAGCAGAUGAGAUAAUUGCAAAAAUUGAGCAAGCUGCAGGACCUCUGGGUUUUGAUGUUAAGAAGAACAACUGUAAGUUAAAGCUUCAAGGGGAAAAGACUGGAAGGAAAGGUCAUCUUUCUGUAGCCACUGAGAUCUUGGAGGUGGCUCCUUCACUUCACAUGGUUGAGUUGCGCAAGUCUGAAGGAGAUACUCUGGAAUUUCACAAGUUCUACAAGAACCUAGCUACUGGGCUUAAAGAUAUUGUUUGGAAAGCAGACCCUAUUGAUGAAGAAAAACCUAAACCUAAUGGUUCCACUGCAGCGAAAUGAUUAUGUUGCCUAAAUCUUCAUCUUUGUACAAAGUACAAUCACAUGUGUGUUAUUGGGUAAGAGUGGGGAUUACUUGAAGGAUUCCUUUUUUUUUUUACAUUAUUGGUAUAUGAAAGUCUGUCUUUGUUUGAUACUGUUUCAAAAUACCAUUUGUUUUUUGUGAUGUGAGAAACGAUAGAAAUGCUAUAGGGAAAACUGGUUCAACAGAAGUAAGAGAAUUGUAGAAUUUAUCUGUAUUACCAGUUGACAGUUUAAUAGUUGACAGUUUUUUUUUUGUGUGGCUAUCAUGACAUUAUGAGUCCCCCUGGCCCUUUUCUAUUGAGUAGCAUGCAUGCAUGAACUGUAAAAUAAUACAAUAAAUUAUUCACAAUCAAUAUGCAGUUUUUGUAGUA